AUGGCAAGUUCAGGGGUGACCUUACUUUUACUGGUGCUUGUCUUCAUGUUUUUGGCUGCGCAUGGGACUGCUCGGGCGAUCCCUGGCACUCUCAAUCACCAUGAUGACAACAUUAACAAUAAUGGUAACGAUAAUAACAACAUGAAGCAUGAGGUCAAUCCCAAGGAUGAAGCUACUCCGUCUGAGUGUGGUGGCAGCGAAGACCAGCUCGAUGAUCAGAAGAACUUCAUUCCUAUUGGUGGAGGGAUGGGAGGUGCAAUGGGCGGCUUUGCUGGGAUGGGAGGCUAUGCGGGUAUCGGCGGAGUGAUGCCAAGGCUCGGUGGGGUAGGGGCAGGAAUGGGGAGUGGUUUCGGGAUGGGUGGUGGUUUUGGGGCAGGUACUGGGGCCGGGUCUGGGAUGGGAGCUGGACCAUGGGGUGGCCUCGGUGGGUUCCCGAUCGGUGGGCUUGGCGGUGGCUCCACUGGUGGAGAUGCAGGCGUCCCCCUUCCUCUCCCCUGA